AAUAGAGGCAGACGGUGAACAGAAUUUACCGGAGAAAAUGGCGUCACGUUCUUAUAAAUUGCGUUGUCAAGACCGCUCAAUCGUCGCGGCUUUCAAGAUCGUACUUUUGAUAUCAGUGAUGUCAAAAGUUUCUUCGAGGAGACAUAGCUUAAUGAUAGAGAAUGAUGCUAGAAGAAACUUUGCUGUCAGCACUUUUGGAUUUCUAAAGGGUGGUGGCCUCAUGAUUGAUAUCAUUUAUGUUUCACCCAAAGUUGAAAAACCAUCUCCCAAAGUAAAACUCAAUAAUUUGGUUGGUUUUAGUUUAGAAAAGACUGGAAGUGAUGGUGUAUCAUCUUAUAUGGAACAGCACACUGAUAAGUGUGUUUUACAAGAAAGGGAUGGGCUUGCCAAGCAAGUUGAAAUGAUGCUUUUUACAUUGGACUUCUCAAGAAAAAAAAUCAUUGUUGAGCGAUUUGGUCCCUCGUUUAAAACGCUGAACGUGAGUAACAUCCGAUUGCCAGACCAAGCAUGGUAUGAAAGCAGUCUUUUGGAUUAUGUGAGAAAGCUGCUGCCAAAACUUGGUGUUGAUAUUGUAAAGACGAUUGAUGCUACACCUUCGGGAGAUAAUAAAAACAAGACUCGGAAAGUGAGAGAUGUUAAAAAACCUGAUGUUGUUUCCUUGAAAGAAGGAUCACAUCGCCAAGAACUGCCUCUCAACCUGACUGGAAAUAUGUUUGCUGGAACGAUAACGAUUAUAAUCAAUGAAGGAAAUGAGGGUCUUUAUAACCUCUAUUUCCACAACUGCUACACCGACACUCCUGUAAAAAUUGACAUGAAGCUUCGAAUAAUAGAACAUAACAAAGACACAUUCCUGGCUGCUGGGGAAAUUCCAUUGCCAACAAUAUAUGGAGUCAUUUCGGUAAUUUUUUUCAUUGCUGGGUGCGUCUAUUUAAGUAUACUGCGAAAACUGAGAGAAUGGACUUUUAAAAUUCACUAUUUGAUGGCCGUUGUUGUUUUCCUGAAGUCGUUCUCCCUGAUAUUUCAUGCAAUAAAUUACUACUAUAUUGGAAAAGAUGGCAGGCGAAUGGAAUCAUGGGCUGUGCUGUUUUAUAUAACACAUUUGCUGAAGGGUGCGCUCAUGUUCACCUGUAUUGUGCUCAUCGGCACUGGCUUCUUCUUCGUCAAACAAGUGCUUUCCACGAAAGAAAAACGCAUAUUCAUGAUUGUCAUACCUCUCCAGAUUCUUGCAAACGUGGCUUCCAUCAUGAUUGAUUCAACAGAAGAAGGAAAGGCACAAUAUAAGACAUGGAACCAAAUAUUCAUUCUUGUUGAUUUGAUCUGCUGUGGUACAGUUUUAUUCCCUGUUGUAUGGUCAAUAAGACACCUUCAAGAAGCUUCAAAAACUGACGGAAAAGCUGCGAUAAGUUUGGCUAAGCUAAAGCUGUUUCGACAUUUCUACGUUUUGAUCGUUUGCUACAUAUACUUCACCAGAAUUAUUGUUUACUUGAUAAAGAUAACUGUUCCAUUUAACUAUAUAUGGCUGGAUCCUUUAUGUACGGAGUUGGCGUCACUGUUGUUCUUCGUUGUCACUGGAUACAAAUUCCGACCCGCCGCAAGUAACCCAUAUUUACACGUACCCGAAGAAGACGAGGAUGUAGAGAUGGAUGAGAUAUCGAUUCAAUCUGGAUUGGCUGAUGGCAUAACACGAGUAAACAUGAAACCCAGAAAGAAUGCUGAUAAUUUCGCAACAUAGGUUGUUUGUCGCAGCAAGAUUUAUUGGAAUUAACUUGUCGUCUUCGGAGGGACCUUUGGUGGUCUAGGCGUAAUAUCAUGUUUUGAACUACAUUCUUGUCGAUAAAUGUCGUCUUGAAUCGUCUGUUCGUUGAUAAUUUAAAAUAACAGCUAAUUUUCUUGAGAUUGUUUAACAUAAAUAUAGCAUGCAUCGUAAAGUGGUGGUGGAUUUCAGUAUUUGCUCGACCAAUACUGCCUAAUCUUUCUUAAUGUAGAGAGAUUUUUAAUGAACUUUUCCUUUGGAUAAUUACAAGCCCUUUUGUUAAACAUUCGUUAAACCAUAAAUGUUAGGUUGUUGCGAAAUCUCACAGAUAAACAGCAUCAUAAUUGUAUCAAUCGAAACAAUAGAAACAGAGUGUUUGAAUUUGGGAAUUUUCACAACCAGUUUUUCUCCAGAACACUUCUCAACUCAAUAUCGUGACCUAAGUCAUUUUAGUUAUCGAUUCGUUUAAUUUUAAAAAGCAAAUUUUCCCAUAGAUAAAGAAACAUAGAAAGUAUUGUAGUUUAUACUUUACUAUCUGUCUUGUUCUUGUUGAUUUACACAUCACUGAUAA